CCAUCCACUUCAGGCCCCUCAAGAACCAAGCCAUCAAGAUGCUGAAGUUCGGUGUACUGGUCCUGCUUCCGUUUGUCCUGGGAGGCGCCCCGCAUGGAUCCGGAUACGCCUCAAACAGGGCCAACAAUCGGGGAAAUAGACCCGGUCCAGCCAUCAACAUGGGAUCGUCUGGAAACAACAGAAUGUCAAUCACUAACUUUGGCCCGCUUCCAAACAAGCCUAACAACAAUCUAAAUCCCAUACAUAGACAAAUGCCGUCCUCACCCCGAUACAGUUCCCAAGUACCUUAUCAGUGCACCAUGUACAGUGACGCCGGAUACUUCUGUCCCUAUAGAUACGAGCAACCCAGUACACGGUAUUUCUUCAAUGUCUACUCCGGGAGAUGUGAGAGUUUUUACUACCUAGGAUGUGGAGGGAACCUAAACAACUACGGAUCACGAGAGGACUGUCUUAGUUCAUGUGCCUGCUUCAUAUACCCUGAUCAUGGAAAUUACUAUUGUCCCUAUGGUGGGUCCACUCGUUGGUAUUUUGAUAAAUACUCGGGCACCUGCCAAUCUUUCUACUACAGUGGAUGCAAUGGCGGUAACGACAAUAACUUUGAAAGUCAGCUGGAAUGUCAAUCGACCUGUGCACCAAGAUCGUCAUGCUAUGGACCAUAUUGUAUGUACCCUUAUAACAUAAUGCCUGCCGCAAAUGCUGACACCAAUGUCGCCAUGAACAGUGGAGCACAAUCAAAUGCUAACUUGGUCGGGCCAGUUCGGCCUAAUUCACUCCAAACCAACUUGCCAAAUAUUCCAAAUGCGUCCAAGCCAAAUAUUCCAAACACACCUGUGCCAAAUCGCCCAAACGCACUUUUGCCAAAUAGCCCAAACGCACCCAUGCCAUAUAGCCCAAAUUCACCCAUGCCAAAUAACCCAAAUGUACCCAUGCCCAAUAGUCCAAACGCACCCAUGCCAAAUAUCAAUAUGCCUAAUAUACCAAAUGCACCUAUGCCAGAGCCAAACUUCCAGGGAGUAAAUGGAAUUAACAUGCAUGGAUCACUUGGAAAUGAAGCAAAUACCAACGGUCUAAACAACGAAAAUAACGGGUUCAAUUUCAACUCUGUUGCUCAAAUCUGGAAGAUGGCAACGAAUGCUGUGAAUGCUGAUGCACCACCUAAUAGGGCGAAUAUGAUUUACCCUAGUGGCCCAAACCAAAUGACAUCUGGAUUGACAAUGUAUUAGAGAAAUAAAGUAGUGCUUCCAGAAAAAGACUUACUUAUGACUACCCAUGCACCCCUGCGAAUGUUAUUGUCAUUUAAAUUUUAGACCACGUGAUUUUAUUUGACCCUUUCAGUUUCGCAGUAAAAAACAUGCCUCGUGUUUAUAGUGUAUAUCAUAGAAUUGUAGUCAAAUAUAAAAUCUAGAGGUUUGUUGAUUUAAAAUUUUAUCUUCAUUAAUUGGUUGAUAAAAUGUGUUCUAGAAAUAAAUGCGACAAAAUAAAAAAUAGUUUUUGUCUGCUGUUACAACAAUUAACAUGCUUGUAGAGAUCCCCCUGAGGAUAAAUUAUCGAUCCGCGCCUGACCUAGUAAUAGCAUCAAUAGUGAAACAGACUAUACUAUUUUAUGCAGAAUGUUCCUUGAAAAUGGCUCGAUAUACUAAGUUUUUAUGCAAAACAGACACCCAUUAUUUUUCUUAAAACAUGGUAUUGCACACCACAAGCAUCAAACAUGGCUAUGAUUUUAUUAAGCAACCUAAUGUUUAUAUUUUCAACCACUCUACACGUGGUUGAACACGAACGAUAACUCUGUUCUGAAUAUUAUCGUUUAAUGUAAAUAACCGCUAGAUGGUGAAAUAAGACUUACAUCUUAAAAGGUUUUCAUGUUUUAACAUAAAUCCAAGUAGGAUAUGAUAUGAAAAACGACCAGUACUUACGUAUUUUGAGAAUAUAAUCCGAACACUUAUACUUCCGCUCGAAAUUUCACAGAAACUGAACAAAUCUCGGUGAAGUCUCGUGAACUUCCAUUCGAGCACCUCUGGAUUUAUUACAUACUUAGCAACGAUAAAGAAAACAUUCCGAACACAUUCGCAGG